ACCUGAGACUCGUCGCUCGGCCUCACAGAGCCAAGGGAGGCCUAGAGUCGCGCCUCAUCAUCUUCUGCACUCUCUCGCCUACUAAUGGAGUUCGAUCUUAGGAAUGUUGACACGGGGGUGGACGAGUUUGCCGUCACGACUGCCAUUGCCAAAGUCCUUCACAACUUUCCGUUUAGAACUAACCCGGAGGAUCGGCUGAUCAACUUCCAAGUCGAGCUUUAUCGAGAGAAAAGCAUUGGUGCACGGAACGAUGGCUCGGGAGCCCUCAGGCUUCCUACAAGGAGCCUUGGCCAGAGGUUCUUGCGUUGGUAUAAGGAUCCUUCUAACAAUACGAUACGUGUUGGAUGCAAAGCCCUCAAGAUCUUCCCAACGAGCAAUGGUGUUAAACACGACACUAUCAUGACCCUCAGGAAGGCACCCUUUGUGGACCCUGAAGUCGAGAAACAACGACAACUGAAAUUAAAGGAGCUCGAUGUUUCGCUGAGAAUCGGAAAACUACAAUUCGGCGUUUAUUACAAACCACUUCCUUCUCUUCCAACCGAUCCCCGCUCAUUCUCAAUAGAAUGGUCAAUGGAUCUUGACCCGCCAAGUGUCGGGUGGCUUAAAUUUGAAUAUGAGCAUAAGCUACUCAGAGCAAAGAUGACCGACCCCACCCGUGAUGGAAUACAGAAUAGCGUGAUUAUCAAGUUUUCUACCAUAAAGAAACUUGCGAUUGGUCGUGACUUUGGAAAUCAAUUCAUUUGCUUGGAUCUCUUCACCCCGCCCAUUCUAGAGCAAGAGGAUCUUUAUCGUCCAGAUGGCUCCGAGAGAAAAUUUCGCAAUAGAGUACGACAACUAGAUGCUCGCCAUGGUGCCGUGGCCGACUAUGCCCACCACAUUCGUAUACUACUUUCCGAGUCAGACGAUUUGGAGAGAUUCGGGCAUCUCUGCAAGGUUGCCGAUUUGCGCCCGCCCAUCCACGGUGUUACCAUUGACGCUAGUAGCCUUGGAUUCUUUAACCCAAAGCGCGUUGCGAAGCUGACGAAGUGGAUGAAAUCUGUUCACUGGUCUAUCGCCUUUCAAGUUGCUGCCUUGUUGCACAACGGAGUUUUGAACACCCAAGAAGUGGAAUCCAUCCUUCCUGUAGUUGAUAAAAUGGCCAGCCAAUCACAGGAAAUAGCGAGCGAAGUCAUGCGGUCUUUCAUUGAGAAGAUCUCCACCCGACCGCCUUCUCAGACACCGAAACAGUUCCUUGAAGUGGUCAGGAAGAGCAGAUCCAUUGAUGAAGUGCGGCGCAUUUCUUCUGCUAGCGGGCGGUUCUUCUGUUAUCACGUCACAAUCACGCCCACUCGAAUGUUACUGGAAGGGCCUUACAUAACUCAAUCUAACAGGGUUAUUCGGAAAUACGAAGGUUUUGAAGACCAUUUCCUACGAGUCGAGUUCCGGGAUGAGGACAGGCUGCAGUUCAGGUGGGAUCGCGAAGUUGACGGACAAUCAUUCCUUGAAGACAGGGUUGGGGGCAUGCUCAAGAACGGGAUCGACAUUGCUGGUCGACACUUCACUUUUCUUGCUUAUUCCUCUUCGGCGCUUAGAAGCCAUUCGGUGUGGUUCGUCAACGAGGAAGAUUUCAUGUCUGCGACAAACAUACGCGACUCUCUUGGUGUCUUCGCCGAGACUAUUUAUCAGCCUUCAAAGUACGCGGCUCGUAUUGGAGUGAGUAAUGGUUUUCUCCGCUUCGACCUUCACAUGUUCAAUCUCCCCCAGCAAGCAUUCUCUGCCACUGAUCCCUCAGUAAAAAUCUCAAAAGAUCAAUGGAAGGAAAUCAGAGAUAUCAAAAACGCUCAAGGACAGUUAUUCACUGAUGGUGUCGGGACAAUAUCAAGAGAACUUGGACGCAUGGUCUGGGAAAAAUUGUGCGAGGCCCGUAGGGAUCGCGGCGCGAAUUCUGUUAUUCCAUCCGCUUAUCAGAUUCGGUUCCUGGGUUUCAAAGGCGUAGUAGCGAUUGAUGAACAACUUGAGGGGAUAAUGUUGUGCCCCCGGACCUCCAUGAGGAAGUUCGCUGACCAGACCGAGCAUGCAGAAAUCGAGAUUGUCAGGGCGUUCGACAAACCUAACCAGCCCAACCUGAAUAGGCCGUUGGUUAUGGUACUUGAAGAUUCUGGAGUCGAUAAGGGCGCUUUCAUGGAACUUCUCGACGAUGCAGUCGCUGGUGCACGGAUGGCUCAUGACUCUGUCGAGAAAUUUGUUAACGUGCUUAGGAGUAACAGACUUGGUUUCUCCUAUCGCUUAGCCCAUAUCCUCCUCAAGCUUGACGCUCUUGGACUCGACUUGAAGUCAAAUUCCAAUCAGGAGUCUUUGGAUACAGCAUUUCUAGCUCGUGUUCGGGGUUGCGUAAUAAAUCACGUCCUUCGGGAUAUCAAACACUUCGCUCGUAUCCCGAUACCUCAAAGCUAUCAACUUGUAGGUGUAGCAGACGAGGGUCCUGCAUACGUCAAGGACGGGCACGAAAACGUUUAUACUCUGCCCCCGGGCAAAAUCUUCGCAUGCAUACAAAACUUCGGCGAAGAACCUAAAUGGUUGGAAGGUCCGUGCGUUAUCUCAAGGUCCCCUGUGGUCCAUCCUGGAGACGUACAACGUGUGUACGCUGUUGGAAAACCUCCAGCAAAUCAAUUAUGUCUAUUUGAACAUCUCCGUAAUGUAGUAGUCUUACCAUCUCAAGGGCCGCGACCGUUAGCCAACUGUCUUGGAGGUGGGGAUCUAGAUGGGGAUCUCUACGAGAUCAUCAUGUUCCAGAGACUCCUCAUCACAGAACACUCAGACCCUGCACAGUAUGAGGAUCGCAAACCACGUACUUUGGAUCGACCAAGCACUAUUGAUGACGUCUGCGAUUUUGUUGUUGAGUAUAUUCAUUCCGAUGUUGUGGGCUUGAUCUCAGACAAACACAUUAUUAUCGCUGAUCAAUCGAAGGAUGGAACGAGAGAUGACCUUUGUUUGAAGCUAGCAGACCUACACAGCCAAGCAGUUGACUAUCCCAAGAACGGUAACCCAGUGGAUAUUCGUCGGCUACCGCGCAACUUGAUACCCUACAAGCCAGACUGGCACGCUGCCGAAGUCAGCUCCCCCCGUUCCCUUGAUUACUACGAGUCGGACCGCGCACUGGGACAUAUGUAUCGGAGCGUAACGCUAGAAGAGAUCCGGGAUUCCCCCCCUCAAAGGCCCAAUGGUAACAAGGCUCUCGAUGACCCAAUAACACGGAAGUUACGGCCUCUAGUUGAGAAGCAGCUACAAGGUCGUACUCAAGAGCAAGUUGCUGCUUUGAACAUCGAGAAAUCCUUCACCAAGUACAAGGACGAGCUCCGCUACAUCUGUGCAACUCAUACGCUCACAGACGUUGUCGAAGAUCGGCUCAAAGAGGAAGAAGUCGUUGCCUCGACGAUUCUCGCCAAGUGCUCCCAAAAGCGCUGGAGGGAAGAUCGUAUAUGGAGGAUGCGAGAAUGCGUGUCGUUCCUCGUCCAGGAAACUGAGCGCGAGCUCAUUCGUGACGUCAAAGAGGCACCCGAUGAAGAGGACGUAUUCCGAGAUCUUCUGGCAGUUUACCCCCAGUUGCUAGACGAGUUGGUGCCUCGCAGAAUUCAGCAGAACGAAGCCACAUAUAACUUUGCAAACUCCCUCCAAGCUGAAUGCCGCAGGUCUCGAAAGAAGCUUAUGAAGAAUGCAGUCGCCUGCAUGGAGCAAAACAGGGAGAAACAGAAGCUGGCCGCAGACGCGUCAGACCUCAUCAAACAUUACAAAGCGCUCAUCCUGUCGACCUGA